ACGCAGUCCUUCAGGAAACUUAACUUGGCUGAUGUUUGACGGACCGGAAGUGCUAGCGGAGUGACCCAUCUGUGCUUCUGUACAUCUCUUCCACCUCCACUAACGCGCGGCUGCUGUUUCACGUUUCAAGUUUUCGCAUUGUCUUCUACAGUCGUCCUAAUGUCAACAAUGAGCAACUGCGAGGAGCCCAAAGUGACCACAACCCCUCACACCGUGAAGGAGGAGCUCAUAGCAGCUGGGAAAUGGGUGAAAUUGGAGAAAACAACGUACGUGGACCCAGCUGGGAACACCAGAAUCUGGGAGACUGUGAAGAGGACAACGAGGCAGACCAACACAGAAGCGGAUGGUGUGGGAAUCAUCGCCCUCCUGAAACGGACUCUCCACAAAGACUGUGUAGUGAUGGUGAAGCAGUUCCGUCCUCCUCUGGGAUGCUGCUCUCUGGAGUUUCCUGCAGGGUUGAUCGACGAGGGGGAAACGGCGGAGGUUGCUGCCCUGAGGGAGCUGAAGGAAGAAACCGGCUACAAAGGCGAAGUAGCGGGAGUUACCCCAGUGACCUGCCUGGACCCCGGGCUGUCUAACUGCACCACUCAAAUGGUCAUGGUGAACAUCAACGGAGACGACAUGGAGAAUAUCAACCCGACGCAACAGCUUGGUGAUGGAGAAUUUGUAGAAGUCAUUCUUUUACCUCUUGAUGAAUUCCAGACGAAAAUAGACGAUCUGCUGAAGAAAGAGAAAAUUGUGGUGGAUGCUAAAGUUUACAUCUUUGCCAUGGGGAUGGUUCAGGCCUUCUUUAAACCGAGGGAGCUCCCUGUCCUGAAGCAGUGAAGCAACAACGACCCGGAGAAAAAGAAGAAUAAUCGCCUUUAGUCAAAUUCACAGGGCUCCUCCACAGGACUGGAAAAAUUUGAAAAUGUACUGAUAAGAAAACGAUUGUACCAAACUCCAAUAAGGAAUCAUGAGGAAUUGGACUUGAACUGUGGCUUGAGACCCCAUGUAACCACACAGUAUUUUAAUACUUCUUCCUAUGACAUGUAAUGACCAUCCAUACAGCAACAUGGGAGAAGAUGCAAUGAAGUUAAACACAUUUAUGAAAUCAAAUCACAAAAUCAAAGUCUUAAAAAAGCCUUGGUUUAAGAAACCGAGCCUAUGAAGGAGCCCUGGUUACGCUACAUGUCCUGGACCACUGUUUGCUCUCAGGAGGUACUGUUAAACACAGUGAGGCUGCAAUUACAAUCUGGUGGCCUGAGUAUUUGCACUCUGAAGGCGGAAUAUGUUUCAGGCUUUAGUCUUGUAUGCCUUAAGUGACUAACAAUUGUUUACAGGUUUUUAUGAGGUUACAAGUAGUUUGAUAGGAUUUUUUUAAUCUUGUAAUUGUGAAACAUUCCUUACACGCGCUAACAGAUGUUUUGCUGAAUAUAUGGAGGAAAAAAAUCCCCUCAAUCCAUCUAAACUUAAAAACAGGUUAUUUGUUUGAUAUAUUCAUCUUUCUUUGCAAAUAAGGUUUUGGUCUAAGUCUCUUAAGAGUCAAAGAUUUGGAUACAAACAUUUAACAGAUCAGUCGAUGUCAAGUCACAAAAUAACUGCUGUAAUAAUUAACGGUAUUAAAAGUUACAUAUUUUGGACUACUAACAGUUUUAACUAAAUGAGAUUGGUUUGUUUUUUCUUUUGACUCCAGAGUAAAUGAACAACAGAUGUACUGUGCUGAUAAAAUCAAUAGCUGACCAAAAGGAAAUAUUCUGUGAUGUGCCUCUAACCUCAUUACGGUGCAAUUAACUUGAUGCUGUAAUUAACCUAGGAAUUAAGGACGAAUUAAUAAAUGCCAUACUGCAUAUGC